AGCACUCUUGGUGAUUGGACUCUGCCUGCAUGGAUUUCUCUGUCAAUAAAAGAAGCAGGGCCUGAUGGUGUAUACCUGUAAUCCCACUAUUCCAGAGUGAGGUAGGAGGAUUGCCAUGAGUUCAAGGCCAGCCUGGACUGCACAGUGAGAACCUUUCUCAAAAAAAAAGAGAGAAGUGAUAUUGGGGGAGAAGAUAAAGGAUUUCCUACUGAGUUCUAAAUAAAGCGUAGGAGAGAAGAGAGAAAAAGACUUGAGUCCCUAUCCUCUUCCGAGAGAGGAAUUAACUCCCAUGGAUAUCCUCACUUUCCUCUCUCCAACCUCAGUGAGAGAAAAAUUCUGUCUUUGGAAAUCUCACCUAUGAAUCUGAGUCUGUGUGACAGAUUGUAGAGCUGGGAGUCCCUUACUACUUUCUCCUUUUCAUUGCAUAUUGUUACAUGCACUACACAAACACUGUCAGUCCAUGCGUGGAAACUACUCUUAAAGGUCUCCAUCUGCCAGCAGUAAUGAAAUAGUUGCAAAUCCUUAUGACCAAACAGUGCUUUUCUAGUGAAAAAGUACAAUUAUUUAAUAAUUUCAUAAUCUCAAAAAGAUGAUAAAUCAAGUUCCCUUCAGAGUCAUGUCAUAGAAGAUGCUGUAUGGGUGCCCUCAGAGCUGUGAAAAGGUGAGAAGAACUUUUUCAAGAAAACAUGAGCAAGUUUAAGACAGAACAGCACCAACUCUCAAAGGUAACUGGAAUCAGAAAUUCCGACUUCUAAAGAUACUUCUGUGGAAAACCAGGCUCUUGGCUGGGGGAAUAGCUUAGUGAUCAGCCACUUAUCUGGCAUGUGGACCCCAGCACUGCAAAACUGAACUGAGAGAAUGAAUAAGAUUUUUAAAAAGUGAGUCUUCCUUUUGGCAUAUAGUUCCCUAAUACAUAUUUGCAUCUAUGACUAGAAACAGUUUCAGAGGCAUAAGCGUUAGAAGUAUGUUGUUUAACCAGACAUGGUAGCACAUGUUUGUAAUCUCAGCUCUCAGGAAACUGAGACAGGAGGAUCACCAAGAAUUUGAGGCCCACCUGGAUUAUAUAGUGAGUUGAAAGCUAGCCUAAACUACAUAGUACAACCCGGUCCCAAAAGAAAAGAAAUGUGUUGUAAUAACAGUCCUGUUUCUUCACUUUAGGUUUCACUGGAGGCUUUUAAUACAUUUCAGAAUGUUUGAAUCUAAGCAGUAGCUUCCAAGGUGGCUAGAUGCCUACCCUGGUUUGCCCUCGGACUACUGUUUCUGCCAGUAACCAUCAUUGUGAAUAAACAUUGUAACUGCUGUUGAAGCUCUGAGGUGUUGGCAUUUUCAAAUCCUCUUCUGUUUUAUUAAAUCCUUUCCAUGUUCUAAAGAUACUAAAAUUACUUUCCUUUUGUUCACCUUCACAUUAAGGUUCACAAGAACCUUCUUUUUUCUUAAACUUCUCCCAUUUAGGAAAACACUUAUGAUAUCAGUUCCCUGAGCAUAUCUGAAGACACCUGUGUAUGAUUUUCUGAAAUGCCAUUUUGAAAAUGAUGUUUCACAUGGACAAAUCUCUCAAUUUUGGUUGCAUGCACAUCAUGAGAAAUUUUUAAGAAAAAAGAUCAGAUAGCUUUUUAAAAUAAAAAUUUAAAUCAUCCCACACUAUUUCAAAACACUUAUUUUAAAUCUGUAUUUUGAUAGUACAAAGACAAAGUGAUACACCUGUGUGUGCAUGCGUGCUUAGCAGAGUAACCACAAAACCAGCUUCAGUUUUCUUUAUGGCCUCAAGGUGACACUUUGCUUAUGAGAAGAAACAUUGCUGAUUUACUGGACUUUUGUAACUAGAGUUUGAUCAGAAAAGUGAAUCUGACGGACUUGAUCACACCUUGAACUUUGUGAGGAAUAGAAAGUCUGUCUGUCUGGAAAUAUUAGAAUAUUUUCUUUUAUUUGGAUUUGCUUUGCCUUUUCUGUUGUUCCAUGAACAGUUGCCAUUCAUUGAAGAAAAAUUUCUUUAGGUUUUUUCAGAUUUUUUAACUUGAUAACUUAGGGAUAGUUCCCUUAUUUAAGAAAAGAAAACCUUUCGUUUGUUUUUGUUUUGUCUUUUUGAAACAGGGUCUUGCUGUGCAGUUCAGACUGGCCUUGAGCUCACUCGUAGCCAAGGCCAGUCUCAAACUUGCAACAAUCCUCCUGCCUCAGUUCCCAAGUGCUGCGAUUAUAGCACUAUGCCCAACUAACCCUUACUUCUUUGGUCACUCAAAUCUGUAUUAUUUAGUGUCAUUAAGGAGCAUGGGUGGGAUUUCUGUGAAUCACUGGGAAGUUUCAGUCUUGGUAUUGUCCCUUUCAUCCUCUUCCUUCUGAGUGCUUUUAAAAUACAUUUGGAGGCAGCUAGUCUUUAACAAGAAAACUACUAUAAUCCAUGUGAGAUGCAGCUGGGCCUUUUGUCACAGUCAUUACUUAGGAGCCUCUCCAGCUUUUCAGAAUGAGGAAGGUAGAAAUCUGUGCCAUCUGCCUUCUCUUACUUUAUAUAAAUGUUGUUGCUGGUCUCAAGAGCUUUUAACUGUACCUUAUCCCUUAAUAUAAAAUUCAAGCUCUUCAGAGUUAAGUUCAUCCUAACCAGCCUCAGUGAUCAGUCAGUUAAACUGGUUUAGGAAGAGAAUGUCCCACAUUGACUGAUUUCAUAGUUUUACUUUAUACUGUCAAAUUUUUCUUCCCAGUCUUUGUAUUGAAAUUACUUUCAGUAAGAUUUUCAAUUAGAUUUGGAUCUAAAAUGCACUCGAGAACUCUCAAGUGAGAGAGGAGCUUUUAGAGGGAAUGGGUCAUGGUGAGGACAGUAUAUUCAUCAGUGAUUUAAUGCAUUGAUGAGUUCAUAGCUGAAUGUGCUUUAAGGUGGGGCUGGAUGGGGGAGGUAUGUUCCUGGAGGUGCCUUUAGGAAAUGUAGCUCUGUCUCUGACUCUUCCUGCUGUGUCUUGGUUGAGCAGCUUCCUUCUGCCAUGCCAUUUCUACCUUGGAGCCAUCUGACCAUGGACCGAACCCUCUAAAGCUGUGAACCAAAUAGUUCUUUAGGUUGCAAGUGUCAGGUAUUUUGUCCUAAUGAUGGAAAAGUAAUAUAGUAAUCCAUAAAGACUUGUUCAGAUAGCAUUCUAGAAUCUCCAAUAUUUAUUGUAGUUGUUAUGGUAAUAAUAGAACCUCAGUUUCUUUAAAAACAUUAUUCAGUUUUUCCUACCCAGGCAAAUACCAGAGGGGGAGAACCCAGAGCUCCAAUUGUAGGUAUGAGGCUCCAAUUUCUUAAAUUACUUGGGGUUAUAACCAUGGGUUCUACCUUCUCUGGAAGCCAAUCCACAUCUUCUCUGAAAUCUGCUAGACAGGGAGUAAAGGUCAGCCUAUAAAGGCCCAGCAAAAGAUUGAUAGUCUGGGUUACAUGGAGGACACUUCGAAAGUAUGAUACUGCCACAGCUCCUUUUCAGCCUGAUGUGAUCACUCAUAGGAAGGCUGUAAUAAAGAGCAGAUGUAUGUAGAGGAAAAAAGUUGUGUAGCUGAAGGACAGAGGUGUUACUGUUAUCGGAAAAGCCAGCAGUGAAUUGUAUUAACAAUAGGGCUUUGUGCCAUUGACAGAGUGCAGGAGAGGGACACCCCAACAUUACACUUGGACUUGGACCUGCCCUGCCUCUGUCUGGCUAGCCAGAGUGAAUGGGGUCAGUGUUAACUACCUUCAUCUAUGCAGUCACAAAGGUAAAGAUGAUACUGGAGAUUAUAUUCCCUCUUGGGAAGACUUGACCUCAUGCCCCCACAACUGUGGCAGGCCUUGCUAAAUAACACCUUUGUUUGAGACAGGGAUAUGCGUCUUCUCCUCCUCAGCUUCCUCAUGACAAGUCUAGGUGGCUUCAGAUCCAGAAGCAAGGACGUGAACAUGGCCCAUCCUUUGGUGCAGCUGUGAAGUGGGGCUGUGCAUACUGCCUCUGUCAGAGCCCUAGAGAAUAAGAGACGUGCACGCGGUGAGGGGCAUGACCAGGAUUCCUGGAGCUGGAAGAUCUUCAGCUUCACCACCUUUGGAGAACAAGGAAGAAAAUGAAAGUGAUGAGACCCUUCUUAGUGCCAAGGACCCUUACAGAAGACGUGCACAGGAGCAGCUGGCACACCCAGUGUCCUCCAACCCUGACCUCAGCAUGCAAGGUCCACCCUGCAGCCUUCCCGCUGGGCUCAGCCUGGACGACUUCAUCUCUGACCGCCUCCAGGCCCACGCAGGGUCAUCCUCCCGGGGAACGCGGGUGCCUAUCAUCCGGAAUGGUGGCUCCAACACCCUUAAUUUCCAGUUCCAUGACCCCGCACCAAGGACUGUGUGCAAUGGUUACAUGCCAGUAUCCAGAGAUGAUCCCCAGCACGCAGACCCUGCUUGGUACCAGACCUGGCCGGGCCCUGGGAGCCGGCCCUCUGCAGUCCCAAAGACUCCUACCUCCCAGCACACCCAGAACUGGUCAGCCACAUGGACCAAGGACAGUAGGCAUCGGGACAAGCGCUGGGUCAAGUACGAGGGGAUCGGGCCUGUGGACGAGAGUGGCAUGCCCAUUGCCCCCCGAUCUAGUGUUGACUGUCCCAGGGACUGGUAUCGGAGAAUGUUUCAGCAGAUUCACCGGAAAAUACCAGACCUGCAGCAGGACUGGACCUUCCAGGACGCACCCAAAGUGAUCUCCUGCGCCUCCUCACUGGACCCCAGGCAUCCAGGGCUCCAGCAAAGAUUUGCCCGUAGCCCUGGCACCACCUCGACUUCCAGGGGGAGAAGCUGGGAUCACUCCCAAGAGCCACCUAAAAGCACCUUCGAUUAUACUCCUGGGGCAGCGUCCUUAGGACUCCAUCGCCCAAAUCAGGUGCCCAGACACCGGGAGAAAGUGGACAGUGUCUGGACAGAAGACUCCUGGAACCAGUUUCUGCAAGAACUAGAGACUGGGAAGAAGCCCAAGAAGCCGCUGGUAGAUGACCCUGUUGAGAAGCCCUCGCAGCCCAUCGAGGUCCUGCUGGAGAGAGAACUGGCCAAGCUGAGUGCUGAGCUGGACAAGGACCUGCGGGCCAUUGAGACCCGCCUACCGUCCUCCGAGACCUCGCAGGUGCCCAGACGGCCUUCGGAGCAGGCACAGACCUCACAGGUGCCCAGACGGGCCCCGGAGCAGCGGCCCCUGGCCGGUCCCACCCCAGCUUGGAGCUCCAGUGCCCUGCAUGCACCUUACCCAGGGUCUUCCCGAACCUUGAGCCCCCACAGAAUGGCGGAUGGAGGAGGAAGCCCCUUCCUAGGUCGUAGAGAUUUUGUCUACCCGACCUCACCCCGUGACCCCAGGGUCCCCAAUCGGUGUGGCAGCCCAGCCAGGAAGGAAGAGAAGAAGAGGAAGGCUGCCCGGCUCAAGUUCGACUUCCAGGCACAGUCCCCCAAGGAGCUGACUCUGCAGAAGGGCGACAUCGUGUACAUCCACAAGGAGGUGGACAAGAACUGGCUGGAGGGGGAGCACCACGGCCGGCUGGGCAUCUUCCCUGCUAACUACGUGGAGGUGCUGCCCGUAGAUGAGGUCCCCAAGCCCAUCAAGCCGCCCACCUACCAGGUGGUGGAGUAUGGAGAUGCCGUGGCCCAGUACACCUUCAAGGGGGAUCUGGACGUGGAGCUCUCCUUCCGCAAGGGGGAGCGCAUCUGCCUGAUCCGCAAGGUGAACGAGAGCUGGUACGAGGGGCGCAUCACGGGCACCGGGCGCCAGGGCAUCUUCCCCGCCAGCUAUGUGCAGGUGUGCCGUGAGCCCCGGCUCCGCUUCUGCGAUGACGGCCCCCAGCUUCCCGUGUCCCCCCGCCUGACCCCCGCUGCCCGCCCGACCUCUGCUGCCCGCCCGGCCCCACGCAGCCCGGCCAACCCAGCGGACUGGGGGUGCUGUGCCUCGCCCCGGCGCACCGGCCUCACGGAGCCCAGGCCCCAGACCCAGAGUCUCGGCACCCCUGGCCCAGCACUGUCACACCCUCCAGGCCCCAGCCAUCCCUCGGAUACCUCGCUGCCCAGCACCACGCAGAUACACUGGACCCCGUACCGGGCCAUGUACCAGUACAGACCACAGAAUGAGGAUGAGCUGGAGCUUCGUGCUGGGGACCGGGUGGAUGUCAUGCAGCAGUGUGACGAUGGCUGGUUUGUAGGUGUCUCCCGGAGGACCCAGAAAUUUGGGACAUUUCCUGGAAAUUAUGUCGCCCCGGUGUGAAUGGUCUUCAUGGCAGCUUGGAGCCAGCUAGGAUGGGGCGGGGAGCGCUUGCAUGUGGUGGGGGGAGCAAGGCCCCCGUAUCCUCUUCCCCCAAGACCUACCCUGCCACUAUCUGCGGAGACCCCAGCAGCCUCUGCUCCAAGCCUCUUCAGAGCCUCCUGGACUAGUUGCCACCCACAACUCACAGGCAUCUGACAGGCCCUUCACCUUCUCCCCCUCCCCAAAUACAGAGGUCUGCUUUGAAGUGGAGACUGUUUCCAGACUUUAUUAAGACCAGAUCCCUGGUCCCCAUGCCAGGCCCUGCCCGCUGUGUGCGCCCUCUAACAGGGAUGGCUCCCAGCUUUACCCUGUGGGGUUCCUCUAACUAGGACCAGCCUCCUGACCUGAUGGAGACCAAAGGCCACCUGUGCCUGGAGGGGCCUCCUGCUUGCCCACUGUCCCUUUGCCUUCUGGCCUCCAGCUGGGGCUGGGAGCAAGUGGGGACAGAUGCAGGGUUAUCAUAGCCUCCAGGGCCACCUCUUUUGAACAGCCACUAGGCCUGAUCCAGAGGGUUCAUAGGGGGACCAUUUGCUGUCCUUGCCACCCGGAUCUCCCCCUGCAUCCCCUUUCCUUCUGUACAAGAGCAGAAAAUAAACAUGGGUUCCAGA